ACCUCGCCCCUCCCGUUAGUCACCAUGGACGCUCAAAAGGGGGUAGCUGGUGUGGAUUUCUAAACUAAGUUAUCGGACAGUUCUGUGACGAACCACGUCUAGAGGCGGUCGCCAGUCUUAACCUGUACACAACUGUUAUGAGUUAGCCUUGUUCAGGCUGAAAUGCAAGUUAUGUACGCCAAUGGAUUGUCGUCACACCGUGGAUUUUAUUUCCAAUACCUCAGCAGCUUGGAUUUACAACACUGUAGGACGAUGGGAGUACUAGCCUGUUAGCCCGCUAACAAGGCAGAGCAGCUACAACAAGAAAUUUGCGAGCAGCUGGCAUUUGUUUCAUUUGAUCACCGAAGAGUUCUGUCUUAAUUCAAGUGUAUCGUGUGAUCGCUGAUCGAACUGUGUAAACUUUCGACGGAGAAUAGACUUACCGACCGCUUGGCAUUUCUUCUGUCGCGGAAAAGUGGGAGUCAAUCCAGACCGUGGUCGCGAGAGUGGCCUGGAAAUCUGUCGGGAAUUUGAGUUCGCAAAUGAAAGUGUGGGGAACUUUAAAAGACAGAGUAACGUCGCAAGAGACGUUUUCCUUUCUGAAGGCGGCCGCGUCCUUGAUCUAAGUGAUAAUCUAUCAUGGCAUCUUUUGUAGACAAUAGUUUUCGUCAUGCAGUAAUAAAAAUCCCGGCGGAGAGGACGCAACAGGAUCUCCAGAUUGUGUACUCUUAUCUGCAUGGGAUGGAAGCACUGUCCAACCUGAGAGAACACCAGCUCAGGUUAAUGUGUGAAACAGUCCGAUAUGAGCAGCAUGAGGCCAAUGAAGUUCUCUACUAUCCUGAUGACAUUGGGAGCUGCUGGUACAUUUUGCUGUCUGGAUCGGUCUUCAUCAAAGAAUCCAUGUUUCUUCCACGCAGCAGCUUCGGGAAGCGCUCUGCGGGCAGUGCAAGGAGAGGCUGUGAGUGCAUCGUUCUGGAGCCAUCUGAGAUGCUAGUGGUGGACUACGUGGACGAGAGUGAAGUGUACUUCCAGCGCCAGGCGUCCCAUCGCCAGUCCCGCCGCAGGUUCCGUAAAAUCAACCAGAGUGGGGAACGAGAGACCAUCAUCGACACUGUGGAGCACGAUGACUACCCCCUCAGCAGCAGCAAGCCCCCCCUACCCCCCACCUACCACUCAGAGAGCCCCAAACAACAGCUGGCAGUGGAUUUCUCUAAGCUCCACCUCUCCGAGAGUCUCCACCCCCAUCUCACCCGCUCCAGCCAAUCAGCAUGCAGCUUCACCAGCGAGUCUGGCAGCAGCAGCCUGUCAGACAUUUACCAGUCGACAGAGAGCGAGUGUGGAGAGUUGGACCUGAGUGGGCUGCCGGAGACAGCAGUGGACUCGGAUGAGGAAGAGGAGGACGACGAAGAGGAAGACGUCAGUCGCUCAGCCGAUCCGCUCAUGAGCAGAGAUGUAGUGAGGGACUGUCUAGAGAAGGACCCCAUGGAUCGCACAGAUGACGACAUCGAGCAAUUACUGGAGUUUAUGCAGCAGCUGCCAGCCUUUGCCAACUUGAGUGUGUGGGUGCGCAGAGAGCUGUGUGCCGUCAUGGUGUUUGCAGUGGUGGAGCGCGCGGGCACAGUGGUGCUGAACCAUGGAGAAGAGCUGGACUCGUGGUCAGUUAUUCUGAAUGGGUCAGUGGAGAUUCUGUACCCUGAUGGCCAGAAUGAGGCUUUGUGCAUGGGAAGCAGCUUUGGUGUGACUCCCUCCAUGGAGAAGGAGCUCAUGGUGGGAGUGAUGAAGACCAAGGUGGACGAUUGUCAGUUUGUGUGCAUCGCUCAGCAAGAGUACUGCCACAUUCUCAACCGUGUUGAGCUGAACACGCAACGUGUGGAAGAGGAGGGGGAGAUCGUCAUGGUCAAGGAACACCGCGAUCUCGACCGGACAGGAACCCGAAAAGGGCACAUUGUCGUCAAGGGCACGUGUGAGCGCCUGAUGCAGCAUCUGGUGGAAGACCACUCGGUGGUGGACCCCACCUAUAUCGAGGACUUCCUGUUGACCUACCGCACCUUCCUGCCACGCCCCCUCAGCCUUGGACACAGACUCCUGGAGUGGUUUAAAGAGCCCAGCCUGCGAGACAAGGUCACCCGCGUGGUGCUCAUGUGGGUUAAUAAUCACUUCAGCGACUUUGAGGAGGAUGACGCCAUGAGCGGCUUCCUGGAAGAGUUUCAGAGCUGUUUGGAAAAAGAGAAGAUGACGGGCCACCUGCGGCUGUUGAACAUCGCGUGUGCGGCUCAGGCCAAGCCUCGCGUGGUGUGUGUGUCCCGCGCCGCGCGCGACUGCCCCCUGCCCUUCAGCCUGCUGGGCGGAGCCGAGAGAGGAACGCGCCUCUUCAUCAGCGCCGUGGAGGUGGGCAGCAAUGCCGAGGAGGCGGGCCUUAAACGAGGAGACCAGAUUCUGGAGGUGAAUGGCCAGAGUUUUGAGAACCUGCUGCUGUCGAAAGCCAUGGAGAUCCUCAAAGGCCAGCUGCAGCUCACAAUGAGUGUCAAGACCAACCUGCUAGUGUUUAAGGAGCUGGUUUCCAGAGUGUUAGAGGAGAGGAGGAGUGGAGUUCCGCACCUGCCAAAGAUUGGUGAUGCGCGGAAGAAUCGGCUCUCUGUUCCUGACCUGGCGGUAACGUUAGGGGGUGGAGGUCAAGAGAAGGUCAACAGGAAGGCUAAAGCUCACACAGUAGGCGGCCGCAACAAACUCCUCAAGAUUCUGGACAAAACUCGCAUCAGCAUCUUGCCACAGAAGCCAUACAGUGUGGGUCAGUCCCAGGAUGACAGCAUAGUGGGUAUGAAGCAGUCCAAACACGUGUCGUCCAGUUUGACAGCCAGCGGAACCCUGUCGCCAAGCAACCCUGACCUGCAGAACCAGCAAGUAGCUAGUGAGCACACCAACUGCCAAUCAGAGCAAGACCAGGUGCUGCGUGUGUUCAAGGCUGAUCAGCAGAGCAGGUACCUGAUGGUAACCAAGGAGAGCACGGCGAGGGAGGUGAUCAAUCAUGCGAUGAGAGAGUUUGGUCUGAGCGCGCCCCCUGAAGCCUAUUCGCUGUGUGAGGUGACUGUCACGCCUGAGGGCGUGACCAAACAGAGACGGCUUCCUGAUCAGCUCAACAAACUUGCUGAUAGGAUUCAGCUCAGUUCCAGGUACUACCUGAAGAGCAACACGGAGACGGAGACUCUGUGCUCGGACGUGGAGGCUCAGGAGCUGCUGCGGGAGUCCCAGGUGUGCCUGCUCUCGCUGAGCUCUGAGGAGCUGGCCAAUCAGCUGUCGGCGCGCAACUACCUGCUCUUCUCCAGCAUCCACCCGGUGGACUACAUCCUGGACCUGUUCAAGCUUCGCCCGGGCGACGCCCACUCCACCGCCAACCUGCACCAGUUCGAGGACCUCAUCAACCAGGAGACCUUCUGGGUCGCCACGGAGAUCGUCAAGGAACCCAACCAGGUGCGGAGGGCAAAGGUCAUCAAGCAGCUCAUCAAGGUGGCGGCGCGCUGUCGAGAGGUCAACAAUUACAACUCCACCUUCAACAUCAUCAGUGGGCUGAAUCUGGCCCCCGUGUCUCGACUAAGGGGGACUUGGGAGAAGCUACCUGCUAAGUAUGACAAGCUGCUGUCCGAGCUGCAGACUGUGUUUGACCCGUCGCGCAACAUGGCCAAAUACCGCAGCCUGCUCAACACGCCACCCACACAUACUCUCCAGCCCCCGGUCAUACCGCUCUUUCCGGUCAUCAAGAAGGACCUCACCUUCCUGCAUGAAGGAAAUGAUUCAAAGGUUGAUGGUUUGGUGAACUUUGAGAAGCUCCGCAUGAUCGCCAGAGAGAUCCGCCAUGUGGGUCGCAUGGCCACCGUCUACACAGACCCCACACUCCUCUACAGGACUAGGAAAAAGAAGUGGAGGAGUCUGGGGUCCUUGAGCCAGACGGGCAGCUCGACGGUGCUGGACAUGGCCAUGAUGGGGCAGAAGAAACGCAGCCGUAGGGGCUCGUUCCUGGGGGCCAAGCGCCUGUACGAGGAGGAGCUGAUGAUGCGGCGCGUGCGCCAGUACCUGAGCACCCAUGUGCACGUGCCCCAGAGCCCCGAGGAGCUGCUACACACACUCUCCCUGCAGUGGGAGCCCGCCGCGCAGCCAGUGUCUAAGAGUUCAGGCGAGAGGAGGACUGUUGACUCCUCACCUGCCAUGCCCCGAAGUCCCACCCCUCAAGCCUCACACACACACCUGGCCCGAAGGAGAUCCUCAAAUAAAGAAACGUUUGGUGCCAAGUCCCCACAGCCCCUGCAGAAGGUCCUCAACCACUCUGAAGAGGGGCGGAGUCAGCAGAAGAGCCAGGUAGAGGACAGCCAAUCAAACGCUUCGUCACUGCUCUCCUCUCCACCUGUUUCACCACAAAGCACACCACGCAGAGGUGUGUAUCCCAGCUCAGAUGUGGACCAGUACAGUCUCCUCAGCUCCUCGUCCUGUGACCUGAUGGAGGACGUGCGAGGUCCACACGCCCACGUCCACAUCAACAUGCCCGCACACACGCAGUCCGCCAGCAACAUCCUCUCUACCGCCAGGACAGAGCCUGACCAGAUCAGCCUGGGCUCCUACUCUCUGUCUCAGGACCAGUGUGAUCGUGCAUCACUGGAUGCCGCUGACAGUGGCCGCGGAAGUUGGACCUCCUGCUCGAGUGGUUCCCAUGACAACAUCCAGAGCAUCCCGCAAAGGUGUUGGGACACUUUGUCCGAAGGUGCAGGAGGUGUGCGGGGCUACUGGACCACACCCACUGGUUACUGGGGAGACGAGCUGGAGGGGGAGACGGGAACAAUCAAGCGCCGUGGUAACAAGCCUGUCAUAGGUGAGUGCCGUGGUAACAAGCCUGUCAUAGGUCACAGAGAAGGGCGUUUCCGUGAGCCCCCGCCCACGCCUCCGGGUUACACGCCUUUGGCGGAGGUCAGCUACAACCCGCCGCCUGGGAGGCGUCCCCCAGACUACAACGCUGCACUACAGAGGUCACGCCUUCUCAAGAGAACAUGUGACUCUCCAGGGCCAAUCGGUGUUCAGCAGAUUGGCCACGCCCACAGGCAGGCUCCACGCCCCCCUCAGGGGAAGGAAGAUGGAGAGCAAGUGUCGGCGGUGUGAGGGUCACUCUGUAGCGGGGGCAGUAUUAUGUAGCAGAGGAGGUGGCAGGAGGCAGGAGGGACGAGUAUUUGGCACUUCCUGUAGCCUCUGUCUCUGCGUGCUGGAGCUCCUUUCCCCAUCUUCUGGACCCCACGUCACUGAAGCACAGACUUCCCGCCCAUCUGUCAGCUCAUCAUCGCCUUGGAAACAGUGUUAUUACCCAUUUCAGCAUGGCUACCAUCAGGGUCAGACACAGGUUACACUGACCCAGUGUGGUAGUGUCAGUUUGGGUGAAUGUGUUUUGGUUUUGUGCUGCUGUGUGUGUGUGUGUGUGUGUGUGUGUGUGUGUAGCUACGUCAGUUGCAGUUUAUUCUCAUCUGAUGAUGAGACUGAUUGUCUUAACUGGGUGUGUGGGUAUGUGUGUGUGCAUGCUCAUGGUGUCCCUUUGGGCAAGGCAUUGGUGCAGAAGACAUUUGUGUGCUCGCUGCUGUCUGCUUCUCACCUUCUAAAGAACGUGUAAAAGGGACGAUGGAGAACAAGACAGACCAGGGCAGAGGAGAUGGACAGAGCUCGUGGAUGUCCUGAGACAGCUGCACUAUGGAACUGACCGAUAUAGUCCACCUGGAAACUCACCAGUAUUACACCAGCACAAUAUUUAAAGAGUCCUCAAGCCAAAAUUAACCUGUAAAGAUUUGAGUCUUUUUUACCAUUCAAAUGCCAUCAUCAGUGUUCAGGGUUUUUACUUUGUGAAAAAAAAUAUUAUAUUUUAAGUCUUGUUUUUAGGCAAAGACCAUUCAAAAAUAUUGCACAUCUUUGCUGACAUUUUUGUAAAAUUUUAACUUCAAGUUUUAAGACUAUGAAAUGUGGACUAAUGUCUAAGUGUGUGUGUGUGUGUGUGCGUGCGUGUAUGUGUGUGCGUGUAUGUGUGUGUGCGCAAGAUGGGUAGGUUUCUGUCUGUUUUUAAUUCCUUCUUAUUUUCCUGUUUAUCCCACAACAGACUUUUAUGUCUUUCACAAAGACAAGCCCAGUGUUCUUUAUCCCUGUGUAUAUAUAUGAAGACAGGGUCCAUAUUUGUAAAUAGUCACUUUAUUUUUGUCAGAGAUUAUAGAUGUAAAAUCUGGUCAUGCUAAAUAUUCCAGAGUCCUGGGACAAAAUAAAUGCUAUAGCCAAA